CAUUAGCCCUUCCGCCCGGUUUGUUGGAACCUCACCAUAAUGGUGAUCGGCUGCCCCUGCCGGUUCAGUGGGGCUUGUUUACCCCUUUGCCCCGCAAGGCGGAGGGCGGAUAUGACGUUAGAAGAACAUCCGCUGCGCGGUGAAGGUCGCAGAGCCAUGGUGGGAACGGCGGUGCGGCUGCUGCUCCGGCGGUGCCAGGUCGUGAGGCCCUUCUUCCCGGCGGUGGUUCCCAACAGGGGUGCCAAGCAAUGGCAGCCGGACCCGGCCUGGAUGGAGCAGUACGCGGGUGCUGUCAUGUAUCCCACAGAGAUCACGGCAAAAUGGAAACCCCCUCCUUGGAACGACAAAGACCCGCCGAAGGAUCGCAACGUCUCCAACUAUGUGAUUAACUUUGGGCCGCAGCACCCGGCGGCUCAUGGGGUCCUGCGGCUGGUGUUGGAGCUGAGCGGCGAGUCGGUGAAGAAGUGUGACCCCCAUAUUGGCCUGCUCCACCGCGGGACCGAGAAACUCAUCGAGUACAAGACCUACUUGCAGGCGCUUCCAUAUUUUGACCGCCUGGAUUACGUCUCCAUGAUGUGCAACGAGCAGUGUUACUCCCUGGCCGUGGAGAAGCUGCUGAACAUCAGGCCGCCCAUUCGUGCCCAAUGGAUCCGAGUUCUCUUCAGUGAGCUGACGAGACUUCUGAACCACAUCAUGGCAAUCACCACCCACGCCCUGGACAUCGGUGCCAUGACACCUUUCUUCUGGAUGUUUGAGGAGAGGGAGAAGAUGUUGGAGUUCUACGAGCGAGCGUCAGGAGCCCGCAUGCAUGCAGCCUACAUCAGACCGGGGGGUGUCCAUCAGGACUUGCCUUUGGGCCUCAUGGACGACAUCUACGAGUUCAUCAAGAACUUUUCCAUCCGCAUCGAC